GUGCUAAGAUUGGCCACCGCUCUCUUAUGAGGUACUACAAACAGCGGUUCGGAGCCCAGCGAGCGGUGGUUCUGACCCACAAUAAGAACGCCGUUGGCAGAGUGCUCCGGCAGUACAAAUCCCUCGGCUGGGGAGGAGAUACAGGUAACAGUGCCCUCAAUCAGAAACAGAAAGACAUGCAGUAUGUACAGAUGAUGAAGUCCAAGUGGAUGCUGAAGAUGGGCAUAAGCCACAACACCAUCAAGCAGAAGCACUUCAGAGCCCAAGUUAUGUUCUAAACUCGGACUGAAUAACAGGACGGAGCUAAAUGAGAAAUGGACUGGCGAGCUCUGAAGUUUAACAUCUUCACUAACUCCAAGAAAUCAGGCAGAUGUCCUUGAACAGUGGUAGGAGCAGAAAUCGGGCUCGUCAAACACACAGACUGUAUGAAAAGGAUGGAUGUGGCCAUUGUGUCACUCACUGGUUUGUGAAGUCUUGUUUUUAAGCCUCAAACACAGAAAAUUGUCAGUCACACUUUUAAGCGAGAUGUCAUAAGUAAUGUGUGGAUUAGACCAGGAAACCAAAAGAUACUACAUGGUUGUACUCUGGAUCCUUAUUUAUCACAGGGUAGCCAAGACCUCAAAUUAUGUUCUUCUUCAUCAACUAUUUUACUCUAAAUACGACCGAGAUUCCCAAAAUUUAAAAUGUGUUAAAUAUGAGUUGAAACCAGUGAAUGCUCAUCAGAAAAGGUCAUAGAUAAAGUGAAAAAAAUGCAGGUUUCAAGCAUUUCUCCAUUGGAUGCACUCAUCUUUUGUGUACAGCCUAUACUG